AUGACACAUCCGGUUCAAGCAGUCAGCUCUGCCAUUGGGGCCGCAGGCUUUGACCCUAGAGCCCAACAGCUGACCUCCCUCUUCCAGGGUGCAAAUGAUGGCCCAGCAAAAGUUGCGGCAAGAAUAACUGGAUUGCAACAGGGGGGAAAGCGAGCUGAUGAUGCACCUUAUUUUACCAAUAAUGAGGGCAUUCCCUUUCCCGACGCGGCGCAUAGCAAGACUGCUGGAGGGCUACCGUUGGUGUCUGAUACGUUCCUACUGCAAAAGCAGCAGCACUUCAACCGCUCUAAGAAUCUUGAGCGGAUGGGACACAUUGCAGGCGGUAGCGGUGCAUUCGGUUAUUUCGAGACCACCAAGGAUAUGUCUUCAUUUUGCAAAGCGCACUUCUUGAGGGGUUCAGGUGUAACAACACCAGUAUUUGUCCGGUUUUCCACAGUCACAUUUGGAAGAGAAUUCCCAGAUUCUGGCAGGAAUCCUCGCGGUUUUGCUAUCAAGUUCUAUACCGGCGAAGGGCCUGAUGUUAUCCGCUCCCAGUCGCGGAACCCUCGAAACUUCCUUCUCGACUAUAAUUCGUUGUUCGAUCUUCUUGCAAAUACUCCAGAGGGGGUCAACGGCGAAGGGAAAUUUGUGUACAUCAAGUACCAUUUCCUGGCUGAUCAUGGACAGCGCCAGUUCACGUGGGACGAAGCUGUCCGCAUGAGCGGGGAGGAUCCCGAUUAUUCAAAGCGGGAUCUGUGGUCCGCAAUUGAAAAUGGAGAAAAGAUCUCCUGGACUGCACAUGUGCAAAUUAUGGAGCCUGAGGAGGCUGAUGCUGUAAAGCUGGGCUUUGAUCCAUUUGACGUAACAAAAGUCUGGCCCAGGGACCGCUUCCCGAUGCACGAAUUCGGCAAGCUUAUACUUAAUAAGAACCCGGAAAACUUUCACAGAGAUGUUGAGCAGGCUGCGUUUUCACCAGGAAGUAUGGUGCCCGGCAUCGAGGAUAGCCCAGACCCGCUCCUGCAGUUCCGGAUGUUCUUCUACCGGGAUGCACAGUACCACAGGAUUGGCAUCAAUUUGCAUCAAGUGCCUGUUAACUGCCCGUUCAUGGCCCAAUCAUACUCGUCGCUCAACUUUGAUGGCCCUCUCCGAGUGGAUGCCAACCACGCAAUGAACCCACAAUACACGCCAAAUAGCUUUGUGCACAAGUUUCGACCUGAUACCGCCGAAGCGAGAUAUCAAACAGCCGACAAAACUGUCGGUCGAGGAUCUCACUUCUAUCACGAGGGAACUCUGUCUGAAUAUGAGCAGCCUCGGGAAUUAUACAAGCGUGUCAUGACCGCCCAAGCAAGAGACCACCUGCACCGGAAUACCGCCGGCGCUCUUCGCUUGGUGGACGACGUAGUCAUUCAGACGAAGUACUUGGCACAGCUGUAUCUCAUUGACCCCGAGUAUGCGCGAGGCGUAUAUGAGCUGCUACCCGAGAAGAAGUUCGAAUUCUCUACCGUCGAAGAAAAAUCGGUUGGUGCGGAGAAGGCGGGAAAGGAACCCAAAUUUCUUCCCGGUUCAGAUUCAGAGAGACUAUUAGGAGUCCCAAUUUCCAGUUCAUACGGCUGA